AUGGAGGGCGAACUGCUGGGGAAGAAGCAACUCAGCCCCCCCAACAGGAGGCGGUGGUGCAGAUGCAGCACGACCACGGUGACGCUGCUGCUCUUCCUGGUCACCAACACCACCUCCAUCCUCCUCUCCUCCGGCGCCGGCGCCUCGGUCGUCCGCCGCUACGAGCCCGCCACCGUCCGCCUCUGGGACGACUCCGCCGCCCUCCUCGCGGACCUCAAUGCCACGCGGUCCGCGCUCGAGUCCAGCCGCGUCGAGCUCGCGGGCCUCCACGCGCGCCUCGGCACCGCCACCGCGCUCCUCCAGACCCUCCUCGCCGAAGCGCGCGGCGGCGAUGAUCAGCAGAAGGAGGAGGCGCCCGCGUCCGGCAACGGGUGGUGGGCGCGCGAGCUGGCCGGCGAGCUCAAGCUGGCUGUCGGGAACGCCACCGCCGGCGAGGCGGCUCUUGGCCACGCGUGCGGCCGCUUCCAGGACGAGCUCGAGCGAUACAUGGACUACAAGCCCGGCGGCGAGUGCCCGUCCGACGCGGCGCUCGAGCACCUGCUCAUGCGUGGGGGCUGCGAGCCCCUGCCUCGGCGGCGUUGCCGGCCGCGGUCACCGGCGGGGUACGUGGAGCCAGCGCCGCUGCCGAAGAGCCUGUGGUCAAUGCCGGCGGACGCCAGCGUCGUCUGGGACGCAUACCACCCGUGCAAGAACUACUCGUGCAUGGCGAGCCGCGGCUUGGGCUUCGACCUCCGCGGCCGGCGCGAGAAGGGCCUGUGGACGCGCGACGACGCCGCGCUCGCCUACUCCGUCGACACGGCGCUCGCGGCCAAGCCCAAGGGCACGGUGCGCAUCGGACUCGACAUCGGCGGCGGGGGCGGCACGUUCGCGGCCCGGAUGCGCGAGCACGGGGUGACCGUAGUGACCGCGACCACCAACACUGGGGCGCCGUUCGGCAGCUUCAUCGCCUCGCGGGGGCUCAUACCACUGCACGUCGGCCCGGCGCGCCGCCUGCCCUUCUUCGACGGCACGCUCGACGUCGUACACGCGGGACGCGAGCUGACGGGCGGCUGGAUGGUGCCCGGCGACGGCGUGGCGCUGGAGUUCGCGCUGUUCGACGUCUACAGGGUUCUCAGGCCCGGGGGGCUGUUCUGGCUGGACCACUUCGUGUUCCCCGGCGCGCAGCUGAACGCAACGUACGCUCCAAUGCUUCACCGCGUGGGGUUCAAGAGGCUGCGGUGGAACGCCGGCCAGAAGCCGGACGGCGGAGUGGAGAAGAACGAGUGGUACCUCUCGGCGCUGCUCCAGAAGCCCAUGACAUGA